GCGUGGCAUCAUAGGCGGCGGCGGCGGCUCGCGCUCUGGGUGAACCCGUCAGUUGGAGCUCAGCGCUCGCGAAGGGAGGAGCUGCUGUGAGGCCCGAGAGUGAGCGCCUCCUCCCAACCCCCGCGUCCGUCCUGACGAGCUCUGAGGAUGAUAAACACCCAGGACAGUAGUAUUUUGCCUUUGAGUAACUGCCCCCAACUACAGUGCUGCAGGCACAUUGUCCCAGGGCCUCUGUGGUGCUCCGAUGCCCCUCACCCACUGUCGAAGAUCCCCGGUGGGCGAGGGGUUGGCAGGGAUCCUUCUCUCUCAUCUUUGAUUUAUAAGGAUGAGAAGCUCACUGUUAACCAAGAUCUUCCAGUGCAUGAUGGGAAGCCACACAUUGUUCACUUCCAGUACAAAGUUACGGAAGUAAAGAUCUCCUCCUGGGAUGCAGUGCUAUCCAAUCAGAGUCUUUUUGUGGAAAUCCCUGAUGGCUUAUUAGCUGAUGGGAGUAAAGAAGGAUUAUUAGCACUGUUGGAAUUUGCUGAAGAAAAAAUGAAAGCAAGUUAUGUCUUUAUUUGCUUCCGAAAAAGCAGAGAAGACAGAGCUCCAUUACUGAAGACAUUCAGUUUUUUGGGCUUUGAAAUUGUGAGGCCUGGCCAUCCCUGUGUCCCAUCACGACCGGAUGUGUUGUUUAUGGUGUACCCCCUGGAUCAGGUCUCUUCUGAUGAUGAUUAGACCCAGUGCAGCACUUCAGUGGGCUCCGGACAUGCUUCAAAGACAAGAGGGGGCUAAAACUCCUCUUCUGAAGAAAGGAAAAACAAAAUUCUUCUGGACUGAAACUGCAUUUCUUAUUGUUAGAGUGACCUGUAUAUCUUCUGAGUUGACUUUUCCAUUGAAAUGUGUUACCUAGCGAAUAAUAUAAAGUCUGCACAAGUAAUCGCACAAUAGUAAAUGGAAGGUAAAUGGAGCCCUUUCAUACAGCUCAGUGGUCCGCUGGUUAGCCUAGUGGAGACAUCCUGUCCAACCACAUAUGGUGGGUAAGGAGCCCACAGGUGAAGAGGGACAGGCUUUAUGACUUCUUAAAUUAGUGUUGGGCUUUUCUGUUCAUUUGGUUAUUCGGCUUUCAUUUAAAAUAACUGUAUAUUUAUAUGUUCACUCAGACUCUUAAGCAGGGGGCAUGCUUUGAGUGUAGAGAUGUGAGGAACAUUUAACACUGUUUAGCAAACCAUAGGUGGCACCACUGAGGUAACCAGCACCGUGGGUCUCUGAAAAGCUUUGUGCUCUUCUAGCCUUUUUAUUAGGUUAGUAUUAAUACUGCAUUAGUGCAGCUUUCAAUAAAAAGGGGCAUUCAAACAAAUGUGUGAAGCUGGCCCUGCUUUUGAGUGAGAAGGAACUGCCUAAGUGCACCCACCCACCCUCGGGGUUGUGGUAGUGCUGUCUUCUGCCACUGCAUUAUGUAGUCUGGGUACAAGCUUUGAGUGGAGUGUCUGCAUAAGUGGAUGCAAUGUAGAAAGCAAAGAGACAAGUCUUCAAAUCUUGCCUCCGCAGCUUGAGGCGCGAAAGCUGACGGCCACAGCUCCGAUAGAUGCCCAUGCAGCUAAUGGAUUCCAGAAUGCUUAUAGGCAACUUGAUCUGACACUUCGCUAUUCUUAGUCUUCAAUCCUAUGCUCUCUCAUUAGGAAUUAAGUCCCAUGAUGCAUAGGAGCAAGCUAUUUAGGAAACUUUUCCUAAACGUAGCUUACAUGGUUGAAACGUUGAUGUCUCAUCCUUCCCUGAAGGGCCUUCUUUUGGAUAUUAGAUGACAUGCUUACUUUUCCUUUAAACAGCCAGAGUCUUCAUAAUAUACAAUUCCAACACUU